AUGUUUAAGGAAAACAUCAAAUUCAGAGCACCAAGUCAACCAUUAAUUGCAGAGCUAAAUGUCUGUAAAGAAGACAGCUCAGCCAAGCUCUGCACCCUCCCAGAAGUCACUCGCGAAUCAAAGGGAGCAGCAGGACCUUGCUGGAAGGGUCAGGAGCCUCAGCAUCUUCAAAUGCAGAUGAAAUGCCUAAGGGGCCUCAAGAACAAGGCUCCCCGAGGCUCUUACCUCCUCAGAGUGUCCUUGCUCCCUCGACCAGGUGGCUGUCCCAUGCAGUGGAGGCAUACAGAGCAGCUGAAGACCAGAACACACCCAGUGAGGCAUGAUGGAAACUUUUAUGAUGUGGGGCUCUAUUUCCAUGAAAGCCUUCAUGUGGUACUCCCUCCUAAGAAAGAUGUGAAACCUGGCAUGGCUUUCUUGUUUGAACUCUGUCUCCUUCGUGGGAAAUACACUUGUUUUGACUGGGUGGUGGGCUGGGCAGCCUUUCCUUUGUGUGAUAACAACUUUGAUGUAGUAGAGGGAAAAUUCAAGUGUCCCCUUCUCCGAGGACAUUAUGAUCAGAGACUCGACAACUUCAGGAAAACGGAAGAUUUGAUUUGUUUGGACUUGGACCACUGGCUGUGCAAUCUCUACUUUCAGGUUAUUAAACUUCCUCUGUGUUUGGAUGAUCAACAAACCUAUGAAAGGCAAACUCCGCUUCCCCGUGAAUUUCCAAUUUCUUUAACGGCUGAAGUACAGGAAGCAGAAUCAGGCGUGGAGAAUCCCCUGGGCCUUUCAGAGAAACAAACGGAGGAAAACAUUCGUGAAUCACUGAAUGGUAAGGCUAAACCCUCCCUACACUCUUCUCAGGGAAGCAUUUCUAAUAAAACUGGUCCCUGCCCUAUGGACUGUGAUCUCAAUCUCUUAAAAGAAGACCAUGAAUUACACAAGAAGGGAGAAAGUCUGAUCGAUCACUCAGUGAAGGGAAAAUCAGCUGCUUGGAGAACUACAGAAAUUGAGGAUUAUGCGGAGGAUUUAUCUUACUUGGAGGAACUGGAGAAGCACAGAUUUUCAGUUUGCUGUUCUUCCGCUGCCCGUGGUACUGGACCUGGGGGACUCCUCAAGCAUCUGCAUUUCGUGCUGGUGUCUGUAUUUUCGGAGCUUCAGCUAGCUCAGUGGAGAAGCCAGGGCUUCUGGUACAUCAUUCUGCUGAUGGCUUCCCUCUGGUUCCUGAGGCUCUACCUGCAUUAUCUUAGCCAGUGGCUGUUCCUCCGGGCCAUUUCCACUCCUGUUACAAAAUUCCAUUUUUCCCCUUUCACGGUGGAGCUUUGCUACCCAACUUCCUCACUUCAAAUCAGAGAAGAGUUGCUCAUGGUUGUGGUGGGACCUUUAGUGCUGAAUACAGUGGUACUUCCUUUGGUUCUGAUCAGAUGGGGCUGUCAGCUACUGUUUGCCUCCUGCCCUGACAUCUUGUCAAAGUUAAUCAUUACCAUGGGACUAUGGACAGUUCUAGACCCACUGGCAGUGUUUAUAGUGGAUACUGCCCUGGGGCGGCUUACACAUAAUGACGAGACUCCUGUAGCUGAUGCAGCAAAGCUGUACUGGGUAUUUGUGAGAACCCAGCAUUCGGGAAUUCUUGGUGUAAUGCUCACGGUGCUCAUUUACAUCCUGCUGUUCAUUAUUUCUUCUUUAAUUUUCUAUUUGUGUUGUCUCAGAUUGCACAAUGAUUCUUGGAUAUUAGAUGCAUUUCAGCGCAUCUAUAGUGAAGAAACCAAGUUUUUCAUACCAUAUGAUUUGGAGAUUUCCAAUCAGGAGCUCAGCUACAUAGUGAAAAGGUCUGUGCAAUGGAGAGGAAUCCAUGGUGAAAGGAAGAAGGUGGCAGUGUAUGAUUAUAUCUGGAAAAACCAUGGCGUCAAGUCCAGAAUCUCCAGCUGUGACCUCCAACAGCAAAAUGAAAUUUCUGUGUCUGCACUUGGUCCAGGGGAUAUUACUUCUCGUGUAUCUAUAUACACCGUUUAUCCCAGUGGGUUCCAAGAGCUAUACCGCCAUUUUCUCCGACUCCCUAAUGGCGCCAUUGUUGAGGUGUUUGGUGAUGUCCGUGGCCUAAGGUUUAUCCCCACUGAAGUAGUCACAGCGAUUCAGGAGCAUAUCAGUGAACUGGACGAUAUACCAGAAGACUCCUUUUGAUAUUAAAUCAAGAGAAAUGAAAAGAAU